AUGAGGGGUCAGAUGACACAGCCCCAUUCUGAUAGUGCCUUGGUUGGCGUUGCCGAAGAACGGGUUAUGACCUUCCAACUUGCGUCGCGUGUGAAGGCCUGCGAAAUUCAGUGCAGUUUGCCUUUGACUCCCUUCUGCAUUCCAAUCAGGCUGACCAACCUUGAUGCUGGCAAGCCUCCACCCGUCGCCCGCCUCCGCAGCGACAUGGUUUGCCAAACAGAGCUUCAUACAGCCCUUCAAGUUUAGCCGCAGAUUUCUUGCUUGGAAAUGGGCCGGUGGAUUCUUUCGCUUGCGCUGGCGCUUGCCGUCGGUGAGCGCGUGGAAGUAGAACGUUUAGAAGUGCAGCGGGCCAUGCAGAACCGGUCCCUCCACCAGGAGCCUUCCAGCGAUUUGGACCAGACGGUGCGGAAGAAGAACUGGGAGUGUGGAGAACCUGAAGGCAAGAAGGAUAUGGUCAAGAAUCCAAAGAAGAAGGCCGCCUACAUGGUCUACAACCACCUGAAGCUGAAAGUGUGCCCGCAGGAGAGAGGAAGCAUUUGGCAAGUGGUGAAGCCAGAGGUGAGCGUGACGUCCGAAAGGUGCACAUCCAGCAUCACUGGCAGAAAGGACAGCAGUGGCUGCCUAUCUGUCCCAUGGGCCUUUGGCCAAGGCUUCUGCGGCAUGGUCAUGGGCCGAUUCUCAAAGCUGUAUCCCAGGACAGACGGAACUGCCGUGGUGCUCUGCAGCGAUCUACUGGAUCCCUACACGGUGCGGACAUACAAAGUCGAUGACUUUGAGCGAAGCACCCGCUGGUAUUAAGUCUUAGUCGCGGUGGCAAGUGUCCGGCCUUGGAAUGAUCCUAGUUGAGCUAGCCAUUCAGGCGGGCGACAUCCCCACUUUCCUGGUGCAUUGUACAAAGUUCGCUUGAUCAUGUCUUGUGACCUGGCCCCAGAAAGCCCAAGUCAGAAUCCUUCAUCGACGUCCUUCCGCA